UUUAUUUUAAUCAUUUUAAUAAUAGAAAUUUUUGUUUAAAAUCAAAAAUAUCGUUAAAAAUUGUAAAAAAAUAAACUAUUAUCGCAAAAGUUAAUGUAUAUAACACUAUUAAUCAAGGAAUCAUAAUAAACAUAAUGUAACCUAUUCAGUAUGAACGGUGAAAAUCGUGAGCAUAAUAAAUUUGAGUUCGUACAUUAAGUGUGUUAUUAUGUGCAAGUAUAUAAUUUAAAAAAUUAUAGUUCAGCACACAGUAUUUUGUGAAUAAAUAAUAAAUUUUUUUUAAUAUUCGGCAGUCGGCACAAGUGUAUACGUUGGUUUUAUUAUUGCUUUAUCGAUUACGCGUGGCUCGAUUCCUACUUUACUGAUUAUAACCUAAAAAAAAAGUGCAGUCUUGAUUCUUGAAUAUAUAUUGAGACUUGGAAUCCACAUCCUUCUGCAUCAAAUAUAUGUGACCUUGUGACUGAUGAUCAUCUCGCAAUUAAAUUGUAGUGACUUGUAAAAUACAAUGAAAUGUCACUAUGAAGUACUCGGAGUUCCGAGGAAUGCAACAGAGGAUGAUUUAAAGAAAUCUUAUAGAAAGUUAGCUUUAAAAUGUCAUCCCGAUAAAAAUCCUGAUAAUCCUGAUGAAGCUAAAGAACAAUUUCAAUUGAUACAACAAGCAUGGGAAGUGUUAAGUGAUCCACAUGAGCGUGCGUGGUAUGACAAUCAUCGUGAAGCAAUUUUAAAAGGUGGAAUUGGUGAUAACUAUAAAGACGAUUCAAUUGAUCUAUUUCAAUAUUUUUCAACGGGUUGUUUCAAAGGUUACGGUGAUGAUGAAAAGGGUUUUUAUUUUAUUUAUCGUACUGUUUUUGAGAAAUUAGCUGCUGAAGAUGCUGAUUUUUCAAAAGAUGAUGACUCCGAUGUUGAUGUACCAGCAUUUGGCGAUUCCACAAGUUCUUAUGAGGAUGUAGUUCAUAAUUUUUAUGCUUAUUGGCAAAGUUACAGUACAAAACGAUCGUUUGCAUGGCUUGAUCCUUAUGAUAUUCGCGAUACGCCAAAUCGACGUGUUCUUAGAAUUGUUGAGAAGGAGAAUAAAAAAAUUCGCGAUAAAGCAAAACGCGAGAGAAAUGAACAGGUUCGUAAUUUAGUUGCUUUUGUUCGUAAACGAGAUAAACGUGUUCAAGCAUAUGCUCAAAAACUUGCUGAACGUGCAAAGGAAAAUGCGAAAAAAGUUCAAGAGCGUAAAAAACAACAAUUACUGGAGAGACAGAGAGAAUUAAAAGAGCACACCGUAUCCGAGUGGUCCAAAUUUUCUAACAUGGAAUCAGAAUUGAAGAAUAUUGAGGCGAAUCUUGCGGCAGAAUUUGGCGAAGAUUUAUCAUCUGAUGGAGAUUCAGAAAAAACGGAUAUUAUUUGCGAUAGUAAUGCUUUAUAUUGUGUGGCUUGUAACAAGAUUUUUAAAACUCAAAAAGCAUUUAUCAAUCAUGAAAAUUCAAAGAAACAUAAAGAUAAUUUGGCAAGUAUGAAAGCGGCAAUGAUUGAUGAGGAGGAAGAGUUACAAAGUGAUGACGAUGAUGAUGAUGACGAUGACGACGACGACGAUGAUGAUGAUGAUGAAAAAAAUUCACAAAAAUUAGCAACUGGUUCUAAUAUGCCCGAUUUUUUAUUAACGCCUGCUGAAAGUAAAAUCGAUCAAGAUAAUCAAGAUUCUGAAGGCGAAAGGGACUCUGAUGCUGAAUCAAAUAAAAAAGGAAAGCAAACUAAAUCAAUUAAUGCUGCAACAAAUUCUCAAAUGGGUGAUGCUGUUGAUUUAUCAUCACCUAAAUCAGAUACAGGCAAUGACAAUAAUACGUCUGAAGAUGAAUUGAAUUCAGAUCAAGAGGAUGAAGGUGAUCAAGAAGAUGUUGUUGUAAAAUUUAAAAAACAGAAGAAAAAAAGAGGGAAAGUAAUUCAAAAAAGUUUAUUGGAACACAAUAGUGACGAUGAAUCGGACUUUGGUGCUUGUAUGGGAUUAUCAAAAAAGCAGAGGAAAAAACAACAGAAUAAAAUAGUUUUAGAGCAAAUGUCACAUAUGAAAACAACAGCUGUGAAUAAAUUGGAAGUACAUGAAAGAGGAGAAGUGGAAAUGAAUGAAGAUUCUUUACAGGGAAAUCAAAGUAAAGGUGAAGAUGGAGACGAUGAAUCGUUUCAAGAGACAAAUAUGAGUUCAAUUUUAGGUAAACGAAAGGGAAAAAAAGCAAAAGAAAUGAGAAGAGCUCAAAAACAAUUGUCUGCUGAAGAUCGAGGAAAAGGAGAUAAACACAAAAGAGAUGUGAAAUCAGCAGAAAUGAUUCCAGAUACAAGUAAUUGUUGUAUAACGUGUAAAUCUGAAUUUCCAAGUAAAAAUAAGUUAUUUGAACAUUUAAAAAAGACUGGUCAUUCUGUUUAUUUAUCAAAUGUGGGAAAAUCUAAAAAAAGUGUUGAAUCAAUCAGUAAAGGAAGGGUCAAGUCAAGUAAAAAUAGUGAUUAAAAGUUAUUAGAAAAGAGAAUUGUUUAGUUCAAUUACAUACAUUAUAAUGUGUAUGAACUGUUGUAAUAAAUAUCGACAUUCUUGUAUGAAAUAACAAAAAGUUACAAAA